AUGCAUCUCCUACCUUGGACCAGCUCUCACGACAAUUUAGCAAAUAUUGUAUUGUCGGAAGUUAUUUUUAAACCAGAUUUUAUAUCCGAGUCGGAAGAAACAUCUCUCGUAACGGAACUCGAUACACAUCUAUUGAAACAUCGGUAUGAAAUUGCUCAUUGGGAUUAUGCAAUCACCCACUACCGUGAAACCGAAAGAAAACAAUGGCGAACCGCUAACCGGCCAGUUAUCGAUCGGCUCAAAAAGUUCACCACUGAGAGUUUAGAAUUUCUUCCCCUGAUUCACGUUUUGGAUUUGUGUGAUGAAGGCGAAAUCAAAGCCCAUGUAGACAAAAAGCUCUAUUUGUUCUUUUCGCUCACUCUUGUGAUCACUGUGGUACUAAUCGAUUGUGAUUUACUGACUAUUUAUGUGGUGAUGCCUCUGAGUAGCUUGUUGUAUCUGCCGAUAAUACGCAUUACAAUCAAUGUUUGUUAA